GGUUGCAGCCUGCAGAGCUCCGAGUUCCCAGAGAGCAGCUGUCAUGUCGGGUCCUGUGUAUCUGCUCACCGGAGGUUGCGGCUUCCUCGGCCGGCAUCUGCUGAGGGUUUUACUGGAGAAGGAGGAAGGGCUCGCGGAGAUCCGGGUGUUUGACAAGCACGUCGACUUGAGCUUAAAUGGACUCGGCACAGAGCGGACGAAGGUCGUGGUCGUCCAGGGUGACAUCACCGACUACAGCAGUGUGUUGGAGGCCUCCCGGGGGGCUGACGUCAUCAUCCACACGGCCAGCUUGGUGGACGUUUGGCACAAAAUCCCAGAGGCCGUCAUCGUCUCUGUCAACGUCACAGGAACGGAAAACGUGAUCAACGCCUGUGUGGAGUGUGGCAUCCAGUGCCUGGUCUACACCAGCAGCAUGGAAGUGAUCGGUCCCAACGUGGAAGGAGACUCCUUCAUCAGGGGCAAUGAAGACACACCAUACAGAGUGAAACACACGAUGGCCUAUCCUCUGAGCAAGGCAAAGGCAGAGAAGAUUGUACUUGAAGCUAAUGGCACCAAGGUGAAGGGUGGAAAGUGUUUAUACACAUGCUCUCUGAGGCCGACGGGAAUCUAUGGCGAGGGGCACCAGCUAAUUAAAGAUUUCUACAAGCAGGCUGAAGAAAGGGGAGGCUUGGUCGUCGAGGGUGUCCCAAAGGAUGCUGAACAUGGGCGGGUCUAUGCAGGCAAUGUGGCCUGGAUGCAUGUACUUGCAGCCCGAGCCUUGAGAGAUCGCCCACAGACAGUUGGAGGUGAAGCUUUCUUCUGCUACGAUGACUCUCCCUACAAGAACUAUGAGGAUUUCAACAUGCAGUUCCUCGCCACAUUUAACUUCAGAAGGGUGCGCAUACCCUCACUGGUGCUCUGGUUCAUGGCCAUGUUUAAUGACCUGGUCCGCUGGAUAAUUAGCCCCUUUUACAACUACACGCCGUUGCUGAACAGUUACACUUUGGCCGUGGCUUCUACCUCCUUCACCGUCAGCUCGGAUAAAGCCCAGCGCCACUUCCAGUACCGUCCCCUGUACGACUGGGACCAGUGUCGCACCCGCACACAGAAAUGGGUUGACACGCUUCCUCUGGAUAACCCCAAAGAGUCUUGAUGUGACGACAACACACUUUAGAAGCUGCCACGUAGACAUGCAGGGCUCCAGAAGUACACUGUUAAUAAGUAAACUGCAAUAAAAGCUAACUGUAUUUACGGUAUAUAACAUAUUUAAUUUCAUUGUUAAGUCCAGCAGCUUAGUUAUAAUUAAACUAUAAUUAAAGCAUUUGUUCCGAAUAAGCACACACAUUAAUAGCCUUGUUAAAGAACAUAUGAUUCAUUAUUUAAUUCCAUUGGAUUCAGUUCAUUUUAGUUUACCGGCUACAACCACCAACCAGGAACUAUGCUUUCUGUGGAAAAUGUGAUUGUUCAUCAGAUUGUUAACAAGAGUAAUAAUGACAAAUGUAAACACAAUUUACAAGCAUUUACUGGACUUUAUGUAGAUGUUAGACCUGUAUUUUCGUAAUAUAUUAUUGAUGGCAAUGUUUUACGUUGCAUAAUUUAAAGACUGUUUUUAUAAUGACAUUGUUGAUGACAUUUUCAUGUUUACUUUCUUUCAUUUAGUUUAAUUUUUGAAUAAAAUACAAAUAUUUAAUAUAUUCCA